GUCUAUUCAAAUAAGGGAGAAAAGUUAUUACUUCUGUGAGCUCAGAAAUUGCGACAUCCGUGAAGUUAUUGAUUAGGAGAAUUCAGUUUUAUAUUUGUUUAAAGUAGCUUUGUUUUUGUUCAACAGCCCUUUCCUUUAUUCAGUGCCAGAGUUGGGUGUUUUAAACAUUUGAACUAGCGGAAGGAAGAAAAGAAAACCAUAACAACCUCCAAGGCAACCUCAUCAUCAAGCUAAAAACAUCUGCUUUAGAAAAUGGAAAACGAGACAGUUCACUGCUCGUUCCUCAUUGAUAGCCCCUUAAGAAGACUUCGCAUGUUUCCCACGAACGUGGCAGUGCUGGUGUUGAAUUGUGUAUUCUGUUUAACAGCCACGGUACAAAACUUGCCCGUUAUAGCUGCCAUCGUCAAAACACCAUCUCUUCACACUCCUUCAAACGUACUCCUAUGUUCGUUGGCUUUAACUGAUCUAACAGUAGGCUGCGUUGUACAUCCUGUUUUCGUAGCUUUUAAAGCACGACUUCUACAAGGCGAGUUCCUGUGCCUCUUGCUGCUUGUCAAAGAAGGCUUGCUCAUAUUCACUGGAAUUCUUUCCAUGUUGAUUUUACUUGCAGUAAGUUUGGAACGCUUGCUCGCUCUUCGUUUGCAUUUGCGAUAUGGAGUCCACAUCACAAUUCCUCGUGUGUUAGCUGUGGUCAUUGUGACGUGUUUGUUAUGGAGUCUUGUUGUGGGCACUUGGCCAUUAGGUAUAAGCAUCAAGGUUGUUUCCUCAAUUAGCUUGGUCGUCAUAGUAGUGGUCGCCGUUGCAUUGGUCGCAGUUUGCGCCGAAAUUUUUCGCAUUUUACGGAGACAUCAGAUGGUGAUUUGGAAUCAAAACAAACUACAAGCUGAAGUGCACAGGACAGCCUCCCGAAGAAGGAAAUCUGCAGCAACUAUAUUGUAUGUUGUCGUUUUAUUUUUUGUCUUUUAUUUCCUGAGCGUUUUCGCCACUAUUCGUUUUAUCUUUACUCAAGAUUUCAAUAUAGCCCAAAAUAUUUUGUGGGAUAUUGCAGAGACCUUGGCUCUCAUGAACGCGAGUGUCAAUCCCUUGUUGUAUUACUGGAAGAUGGGCAACAUUCGCCGCGCAGUGCGAAGAUUGUUUUAUGCCUCAAAUCAAAUUCAUAUGCCAGCAAACAAAAGAACUGACUAUUCAACAACUUUUAAGCUGUAAUACAGACAUGAAACAGAAAUAAGGACGUAAAACAGUUUAUGCUGAUAAUACAGAUAAACUCAAGUCCUUUACUCUAGAAUAAAAAAAAUAUAUCAAAAACAA